CACACACACUCUUGGCUCUGCCUCGUUUCUCAAAAUUUUCCUUUUUUUCCCUUUAUUUUCUCUUUUCUAAACCCCAAACCGUCUUCUCCCUUUUUUUUCUGAACCUUUUUCUUUUAUUUUUUAUACAAAAUGGCCACUUCGUCUGCAUUACCUCCGGAACAACGUUAUCAACGGUUGGAGAAACUGGGUGAAGGCACUUACGCUACGGUGUACAAAGGCAAAAGUCGACUGACGGGCGAUAUUGUGGCUCUUAAAGAAAUCAGUUUGAAUGCAGAUGAAGGUGCACCGUCGACGGCCAUUCGCGAGAUUUCGCUCAUGAAGGAAUUGAAGCAUCCCAAUAUUGUUCAGCUCAUUGACGUUAUUCACACCGAGAACAAACUAAUGCUUGUAUUUGAAUACAUGGUUCAGGACCUGAAAAAAUUCAUGGAUACUACGGCCAGGGCGACACACAAUGUCCUGGAUGUUCGAACGAUCAAGUCAUUCAUGUACCAAUUGCUCAAAGGGAUUGCUUACUGUCACGAAAACCGCGUGCUGCAUCGUGACCUCAAGCCGCAAAAUUUGCUCAUCAAUAAACGUGGCGAACUGAAAUUGGGCGAUUUUGGCCUGGCGCGUGCUUUCGGCAUUCCAGUCAAUACCUUCUCCAACGAAGUGGUCACGCUGUGGUAUCGUGCGCCAGACGUAUUGCUGGGUUCACGCAACUACUCGACUUCCAUUGAUAUCUGGUCAGCCGGAUGCAUCAUGGCCGAAAUGUACACGGGUCGGCCUCUUUUCCCGGGCACCGCCAACGAUGAUCAACUCCAGAAAAUCUUCCGUAUGCUCGGUACACCCACCGAACAAACGUGGCCUGGCAUUUCCCAGUUGUCCGAAUACAAGCCUACGCAAACCAUCUACCCUCCUCAACACAUCAACCAAGUGUUGCCUAUGAUCGAUCCUGUCGGCAUUGAUUUAUUACAUCGUAUGCUUCAAUACCAACCUCACCUGAGAAUAUCCGCCGCCGAUGCCUUGAAUCAUGCAUACUUUAACGAAGUGCGAUACGUACAGUUUGAAUAGAAAUAUAUCUUGGAACAAACCAAAAAAAAAGGACACAUCACAUAAAAUCGUCAUUUUCAAACAUCACCUUGUUGUCUUUUUCUUUGAUCUCGUCAAUUUGUUCCCUUUG